AUGUUCCAAGCUGAUGGCUGCACAAGGCAUCUGCAUGCUCUCCGUGCCGCUCCGUGGCUUCGCGAUGAGCCCAGCGCUGAGCAGCCGAAGAGGCGCAAAGCCCCUCGCCGGGGCCGAGGCAGGUCAGCCGAGGCUGUCCUGAAGGCACUGGUGGUCUUGGGACCCCAUCCCCGGCAGGCUGACGUCUUCGGUGCUUGCAGGCCAGCGUUGGCCUCCUGGGAGAGGAAUCCCAGGGCUACUACGUCUGUCUUGGUUGGACUGGCAAGGCGUGGCCUGUGGGAUACAGCUUUGAAGGUGACUCGUUUCAUGGAGCACUGUGGCCUUGAAGUGAAUUGCUUCCACUUCACCAGCGUCAUCAGUGCAUGUGAGAAGAAGGGGAAGUGGGAGAUGGCCUUGACGGUUCUUGGCCGCAUGAAGGAGGAGGAGAUACUGCCGAGUGAGGUCACGUACAACGCUGCCAUAAGUGCUUGCGCGAAGGGAGACGCGUGGCCGGCAGCACUCCAGCUAUUGGAGGAGUUGCGUAUGGAUGGAUGCAUGCCGGAUUCCAUUACGUAUAAUGCAGCUAGCAGUGCUUGCGCAGCUGCCGGCCUUUGGAAUUUGUCCUUGAUUCUUCUUCAGGACAUGUACGAGUCUACAGUGCCUGCCAACUCUAUCACUUUCAGCACUCUCCUGAGUGCCUGCAACAAUGCCAAACAGUGGCAAAGGGCAAUUAGCAUCUUAUUCGGCAUGCCAGCUCAAACAUGUAUGCCCGACAAGAUUUGCUACACUGCUGUUAUAAGCGCAUGUGAGAAGGCAGGUGAGUGGAACAAGGCGCUCGGCUGUUUCAGCCACAUGGAUGUGCACACAGUAGAAAAGGAUGAAAUCUGCUUCAACAGCGCAAUCAGUGCCUGCGUGCGUGCUCGUUCGUGGAGCCAGGCGUUAAGGCUUGCUUUGGAAAUGGAGGCAGUGCCUAUCGCAGUGAAUGGAAUUCUGUGGGGUGGCGUGUCCACUGCCAUGCAACAGAGCAGUCAGUCAGUUGCCCUACUGAGCUCCCGGCUUUGUAGGGAAUGGGCGUCGCAGCAGCGAACGAGCCACACCAGCCUGGACUUCGUGGCUUCUAGACUCGGGGCUGAUGAGUCUGAGCAUGAGGUGCAAGUGCUUUGCCAGGCCAAUGGCGUGCUGGCCGCCUUUAAGCCAACCGGACUCAGCAGUGAAGCGGCCCUACAAAGGCUCUCACAUCUUUUAUCCUUGCAGGGUUACAAAGGGCAGCUCUCGCGCGCAUCACGGCUGGAUGGUGCCACUUCAGGUGUGAUGCCUGUGGCCUUGGGUGAGCCUGGCUCACCUGCGGCCAACUGGUUGAACUAUCAGUUUGCAGCGCGCAUGGUAUCCAAGGAGUAUGUCUGCCUUUGUGCGGGUUUGCCACUGGGCUCGCGAGGCACACAAGGCGUUGUGAUCGCCGGCCUGGCUACCCAGAGGAUGCAAGCUUCACAGUUGAAGGUAGCUUGGACCAGCAGCGGCAAAGAGGCACGAACGGAGUACGAGGUCGGAGAGGUCUUCAGCCUGCCCGAUGAUGUGGAUGCCUUGCACGCUGAUUCCGUCCUUAUGCUACUGCAGGUGAAGCCUCUCACAGGUCGAACGCAUCAGAUCCGCUCGCAUCUAGCUGGCAUUGGUCGACCCAUUGUCGGCGAUCGGGCUUACGAUGGCCUUGCACCCGGCUGGUGCCCACGUCUCUUCUUGCACUGCCGGCGAAUCUCUGUUCGAGAUCUUGACAACAUGCUCUUUGAGCCAGUGGUUGGGCUGGGGAGUAACCUCCCGGAGUUUGACCACCGCUUUUUCGGCCGCAUCAUGGCGAGCAUUCCGCCUGCCGAUGUGGAAGCGGUUCAGCAAAGCUAUCCGGUUCAGGUCAGCCAGAAUUGCAGUGGGCCCCGGCCGAAGCUGCUGCAACCUCCUCAGCUCGAGGUCCAGUCCGCAGCGGUGUUCAUGCAUGUGCAAUUGCAAGCAGCUUUCUUCGAAAUAGACAUGGGAAACUCGGCGUGCUGCACGGGUGCCGAGGCCAGCGCAGAGAACGAGCAGAAAGAGCUCACCCGCAAGGAGGCUGUUCCAGGCGCACCUGAUCUUCCAGGCCCUGACGUGGCUGCACCAAUUGCGGCGCAGGCUUCGCCCGGCGAGUAUUUAAUCCAGCUCGACAAGUCCACCGGAGCUAAACUGGGCAUCGACGUUGACCACAAGGAUGGCGAGACACUCCUGAUCGAGGUCAUCAAUGAGGGCCUCGUGAUGGAUUGGAACAAUGCCAAUAGCAAGGACAGGGUCACGGUCGGGGAUCGGAUUGUCGAGGUCAACGGCAUCAACAAGGAUGUGCUCCAACUUGUGGACGAGUGCAAGAAGAACCAGGUGUUGACCCUGAAGCUGCGCCGCGGGCAAUAG